AUGGCACCCUCUAUCUGUGCCGUAUGCCAGACCAAUCGUGCACUAAUCCUCCGUCCGAAAAACCACCAGAAGCUUUGCAAGCCCUGCUUCAUCUCCGUUUUCGAGGCCGAAAUCCACCACACAAUCACCACCAACAGCCUUUUUCACCGCGGCGAGCGCAUCGCCGUCGGGGCUUCGGGCGGCAAAGACAGCACGGUACUUGCGAGUGUGUUGAAGACUCUCAACGAGCGAUAUGACUAUGGCGUAGAGCUAAUACUGCUCUCGAUCGAUGAGGGCAUCAAGGGCUACCGGGAUGACUCCCUCGAGACCGUCAAGCGCAAUGCAAAGCAGUAUGGCAUGCCACUGACAAUACUGGGUUACGAUGAGCUGUAUGGAUGGACAAUGGAUCAGGUUGUGGAGCAGGUUGGCAAAAAGGGGAAUUGCACGUAUUGUGGUGUCUUCCGGAGGCAGGCCCUGGAUCGAGGGGCGGCCAAGCUGGGAGUCAGACAUGUGGUUACGGGACACAACGCUGAUGAUGUCGCGGAGACCGUGUUGAUGAACUUACUACGUGGAGACCUCCCCAGACUCUCUCGAACGACUUCGAUCGUAACCUCGACGCCUUCGAUUGUCCCAUCCUCUCCAGAGACGACCUCACACACGAACAUCAAGCGGAGCAAGCCUCUCAAAUACGCCUACGAGAAGGAGAUUGUGCUAUACGCUCAUCACAAGAACCUCGAUUACUUCAGCACCGAAUGCCUGUACUCGCCAGAAGCCUUCCGAGGCAGCGCUCGCGCCCUGAUUAAGAACCUCGAACGAGUACGCCCAAGCGCUAUUCUAGAUGUUGUGCGGAGUGGCGAAGACAUGGCCAAGCUCGUGCCUGGAGGGAAUGACAAUUGCGGGAAUGGAUGUGGGGGUCAAGCUACACUCGUAGAGGAAGAAGAAGGUGGCUGUGGAAGCUCAAAUGGGAGAACAACAGGAGGAGAAAUGGCGUCAAUGGAGCAGCAGCUUGUACAGAGCGAGGCUGCGGCGGAGGGAGGACUAGAGGUCGAAAUUACCACAGCUGCCUCAAAAUCUCCGAAUCCUCCAGACUCGGACGUUAUACCACUCGUGACUGGCAAGAAGGGUAAAAAGCUGAAGGGCCCUCCUCACGGUACCCGCAAACAGCCUGCUAGACAAACCAUGGGACAAUGCGCCCGCUGUGGUUACCUCUCUAGCCAGGACAUUUGCAAAGCAUGCGUCCUCCUUGAAGGUCUCAACAAGAACAGGCCUAAAAACUCCAUCGAAGUCACUUACGACAUCCCCGAAGAAGCAUCUCUCAAUGGCAAUACCGUCGUCAACGGCGUCCAACAGCUAUCACUAGGUCCGGACUGA